AUGAGCCUGUGGAUGGGAUGGGACGAGAUGCUCAAGAGUAUCCGGAGCCUACUGAUACUGUACGGAUGGAUACACAGCGCAGCGCAACGCAACGCAACGCCCCCUCGCCGGUCCUGUUCCGUUUGUGGUACGAGGAUGCACAAGCCGAGCACUUCACACACCCAGCGAUCCAUCAUACAGCGACGCAGGCAAGCCAGGUCAAGCCUACAUAGUACUCCAUACAGAGAUGUGCUGUAUUAUCCGACCCCUGUUGGACUGCUCUGGAACAGUUUAUAUCUGACGGUGCCUGAGGCGUUUGAGACGGUUUCUUGCCCUCAAGGACAUCACAAUGUCGGUAUUUGCAAGAGGCGACCUGUUCGCGACGAAAGGGGAGAGUCUCUGUAG